AUGCCUCCAAGAUUACGAUGCGCGGCCGUCCGCGGCCUGUCCACUCUUGUUAAGCCAGCCAGGCCAACCCCCUCAGCGGCUCUUCUGCUGCCCGCCGUGGCAAGAUCAUACGCUUCCGGACACAGCCUGUCGAGCUUGUCAGACUUCAAGAUCCCAGACGACUAUGUCCCUCCCGUAAAACCUCCAACAGCGCGCCCGGCAGAUACCCGCAAGUCGCAGCUCCUCCGAUCCUACACUUCCCUCCUGCGCUCCGCCCCCCUCAUCCUCCUCUUCCAGCACAACAACCUCACCGCCGUUGAAUGGGCCGCCGUUAGGCGAGAGCUGCGCAAGGCUCUGGCUGAGGUGUCCACACCCGGCACGGACUCCGAGCUGAUCGCCUCGAAAGCUCAGCUCCAAGUCAUCCGCACGCGCAUCUUCGAUGUCGCCCUGAAAAUUGUCGAAUUCUUCGACCCCUCCAAGGUUCCUCCUACCACGGUGUCCUCCAUCACGGGUGAGAAGGUCCAGAUGACUUUCAACCACGAUCUUUCGAAGGCUGCGUACAAGGCCGUCAAGCAGGCUAUUAAGGACCAGAACUUGCUUGAAGGCUCGGCAUACGCACAACUCGCCCCGCUCAUGGUUGGUCCGCUCUGCGUUCUCAGCCUGCCCGCCGUCUCUCCGGCGCAUCUUUCGGCUGCUCUCAGCGUGCUCGCCCCCAGUCCGCCAGCAUUCCCACCACCUAACAAGAAGAAGAAUCCCGGCUACUACGACCCCAUCGCCCAGAGUGGUCUGCAGAAGCUCAUGUUGAUCGGUGGCAGGAUUGAGGAUAAGGUGUUUGAUAUGGAGGGUGUACAGUGGGUUGGCAGCAUCGAGGGUGGUAUCGAGUCGCUGCGCGCCCAGGUGGUUCACCUGCUCCAGUCCGCUGGGUUGGGGCUCACCAGCACAUUGGAAGGCGCCGGGAAGGCUUUGUGGCUCACAUUGGAAAGCCGCAGGAACGUUCUGGAGGAGGAUCAGAAGCGCGCAGGGAAGGAGAAGAAAGAGUAA